AUGCGUAUCUUCAUGGCUACAGCUACGCACAUCGUUGCCGCUUUCCCAGACUGGUGCCAUGGGCAGGUCGCAGACGAUGGAUCUGAGGACAAAGCCUGGGAUCCAGGAGACAAGGUUCGGUACUGGAGCACUACAGUGAAAGACUGGAUUGCCGCUAAGGUGCAGAAGAGAAACAAAGAUGGCACGUACGACCUGAAUUGCAAGAAGAACGUAAAAGCGGACCGCAUCGUGCACGCGACCGGCAAGGCCGGCGCCGACAAGGCUGCGAAGAAGCGGUCACCGUCCCCGUCGGAGGCUUCGCAGCGAAAGAGUUCGAAGCGCCGAAAGGAGGGCAAGGGCCGACGUUCCCCGAAGAAGCAGGUCAGCGAGGACGAGUCCUCCGGCAACCGCCGGAAAAAGGGCGCCAAGCGGGACGGCAAGAAGUCCGACCUGAAGGCGUCGCGGACCAAGUCAGUGGUCAAAGAGAAGAAGGAGAAGAAGGAGAACAACGACGUCAAGAAGGACGCCAAGAAGGACCGCCGCGACAAGCGGAAGAAGUCGGAGGGCGGCGACGGGCAGAAGAAGUCGGAGGGCGCGGAGAAGGGGCAGAGGUCGGAGGAGGCGGACGAGGCCGAGGGGGAAAAGGGUGCAGGAGGACGCGGAGGAGCCCGGGAAGAGCGGGCCGAGCAGCAGAAGGGCCCCGUCUGCGCGGACGGAGACGGCGCCGACAGCCCGCGCGGAGACGACGGCCACAAGGCCGCGGCGGAGGGCGCGGCCGCCGGGGCGGCGGGCGAGCGGGGCGCGCCGCCUGCGGCGGCCCAGGCGCCGGCGGAGGCGGAGGAGCCAGUCACGCCUGCGCCUCCGCAGGGCGCCGCGGCUGGCGGCGGCGCGGAGCGGCCCGCGGAAGCCGAGCCGCCCCAGGAGGAGGCACAGGCUGCCGCCGCGGCAGCGGAGGCCGCCCCGCGGCCCGCGGCGCCGGCCGUUGAGGAGCUGAGCGACGGGGGCGAGGCGGCGGCGGAGGCUUCCGCCAGCGACGCGGAGAUGGUCGUCCCGACCCCGGGGAGGGCGCGGAGGCUGGCCCUCGGCAGCGGGGUGCUCGUCGGCAGCGUGGGCGAGGGAGCGGCAGGGAAGUCCCGGGAGCAAACGGCAGGCGCCCCGGGCGGCAGCGGGGGGCGGGCCUGGUCGGAGCACAGUGCUGGACAGGGCCAGGACCUCGGCAGGGUAUGGGGGGGGCGCGAGCGCAAGCAGACGAUGUGCCACGCGAAGCGUGCGGCUCUCCGCUUCCGGGCGACAGACCUGCUGCGGGAGCAACCCAGGCUGCGUCGUCAUCGAGACGUUCCUCUGCAGCCCUCGUGGACGGCCUGCCAUCGUGGACUCUUGCAGGAGUUCCUUGUUCGGCGGGUGCGCGCGUUGCAUGCGCGGCCGACGAUUUGUCAGGUCGAGGAGGGCAAGAAGACUGUCAUCGUUGCGUUCGAGGGCAACGAGUCGGUCUGGAAGAGCGUGCCGUUCUCCAUGCUUGGCCGGAAGGACUGCCCGCUGCAGCCGGGCCCGGACGGCGCGGGGGACGCCCCAAAGGCCGCCGACAAGAAGGGCGGCGGCACGGGCGGCGGUGCGGCCCGCAGGCCGAACCGGGAGCGCUCCAGGUCCAAGACGCCCGACUGGCAAGACUUGGAGAAGCAGAGGCGGCAAAGGGAGAUGGAGGAGGCCAUGAAGCAGCAGGAGGAGGAGCAGAAGAGGCCCGUGUGGGGCAAGAAGGAGCUGCAGGAGCAGGAGCGCAUCAUGGAGGAGAAGCGGCGAAAGGAGCUAAUGGAGCUGGAGAAGCGGAAGGUGCAGGAGGCGUUCGAGCGGAGGAAGAAGGAGGCCGAGGAGCAGAAGCUCCGGGAGGAGGAGGCCGCUGCGGGCCGGAUUUGUUCCAUGCAUGAGUUCACUUCGGUGCUAACGAUGUCGCUCAGCGGUUUCUUCUCUUGA